GACACGCAGGUGAGGAAGUGCAUUGUAGAGGUCAUUUCAGAUACUUUGUCAAAGCCAAGCCCACUGCCAAUCAGCCAGGAAUGCCUAGAAACUCUCAGAGGAGAUAAAAGGAUCGUUUCAAUCCUUCGACAUCAAAAUUUACUGAAGGAGCUUCAAGAAAUUGCAAUUGAAGGUGCUAAUGAAAGAAACCAGCAGCAGAAGAAAAACAGUGGGUUUGAAGAUGAACUUUCAGAAGUCCUUGAAAGCCAGAAUGAUAACAUGCAAAGAGAUAAGGGAAAGGAGAUCCCUGCAGAGGAAGCUGCAGCCUCCCUUGCUGAGCUAGAGGCAGAAAAAAUGCAGCAUAAUGAGAGGGAGAACUCAAAAGAGGACGAGAAAAACAGCCUGGAAGAGAGAGAGCCAAGGCCACGUGACGUUGACCCUGAAGACGACAAGGAGAAUGCAGAGGAAUUUGAGAGCAAUGAGAUUGGUGAGGCAGAAGAAUCCCCAAGAGAAGAUGCUUUAGACAAUCACAUUGGUGAUGACCUCAGCGAGGAUGAGCUGUCUGAGCAGAAGCACCAAGAGGACGAAGAUCAGCCCGCAGGGACCAACGAAAGUCUGGAGCUUGAGGAAGCAAGGGGGAGAGUUUCUAAAAAGGACCAGGAGGAAAGUAAAGAGGAAGAAGCUGUAGAAGAACAUGCUGAGAAAGAUAGUGACAGGAGAGACACCCCCAGAGAUGAACACCCAACAGAAACAGAGGGGCUCUUCGGGUCAAAUGAGGAUGAGGGUGAGGAGAUUCAGAGGGGAGACAAUAAUGAAGAUGCUUUAGGCUUUGGCAAAGGAGGGAGGAGCUCUGAAGAAGAGAAAUCCUACCAAAUGAAAGGAGGGAGGCAUCGUUCUGAGGAUGAAGCCAUGCAGGCAGAGGACACCUAUCACACCAGGGAAGUAAAAAGUGAGGAAAUGGAGGAGGAGUCUUCCAAAGAGUGGGGAGACUCGAAGAGAUGGAACAAAAUGGAUGAGCUGGCUAAGCAGCUGACAACCAAGAAGCGCAUGGAGGAAAAUGACGGUGGUGAAGACCCAGACAGAUCCAUGAAAAUGUCAUUUAGGUCCCGCAAGUAUGACUUUAAUAGUCCUGAAGAAGAUGUAAGAAGGUCUUGGAAUCACCACUCGAAGGAGGACAGCAGUGAAGGGUUUCCACUUGCCCCUAUGCCAGAGGAAAAAAAAGAUGAAGAGGGAAGUGCUAACAGAAGAACAGAGGAUCAAGAGUUGGAGAGCCUGGCAGCAAUAGAAGCUGAACUGGAGAAAGUGGCUCACAAGCUUCAUGAGCUAAGAAGAGGCUGAAGUUUUCCCAACUUGUAACAUCAGUAGAAGCCAGAAAUU